CAUUAUCACCAUGAUACUCUGGAUACUCACUGCUCUCAGCAUCAUUCAAGUCGUUGAUGUGACAGAAAACAAGAUUUUAGUGACACAGCGUCCUGUGCUCAGAGUAGAUAACAAAACCGCUACCUUGGUCUGCAACUAUACUUAUAAUGGAACUGGGAAGGAAUUCAGAGCUUCGUUACAUAAAGGAACAGACAGUGCAGUUGAAGUCUGCUUUGUUUCAUGGAAUACAACCAAAGGUAACAAUACCCAGUCAAGUAACGGUUUCACCUGCCAUGGUUAUCAGGAUGAUCAAAAGAAGCAUGUAAUCUUCAACCUUUCAAACAUGAAUCCCAACCACACUGAUAUUUACUUCUGCAAAAUUGAGGUCAUGUAUCCACCUCCUUAUGUCUGCAGUGACAAGAGCAAUGGAACUAUCAUCCAUGUGAGAGACGUGCCCUUCCAACAAUCAGAGCUUCUUCAGUCUACAAGAUACUUUUGGCUUAUGGCAGCAGCAAUUGGAGUUUUUGCUAUCUACAGUAUAAUAAUAACUGUAGCCUGUAUUCACUGUUCGCUGAAAAACAAGAAGAACCGAAUCCUCCAGAGUGACUACAUGAAUAUGACUCCCCGACAUCCUCAAGGUCCAAAGAACAAGUGUUACCAGCCCUAUGCACCAACUCGAGAUUACACUGCAUACCGUUCUUGGCAGCCAUGA